UAAUCAAUGGUCAAAAUGCUGCUUGGAAAACACCCAAAUUAUCCGAACCAUUUUUACGAGCUCGUGGUGCCAUUAUACAAGAUAUAGUUAUAAAACUUGUACCUCAACCAAAUAAUCCCAUAACACCACCAACAUCACCUAAAAAAUUUUCACAAGAUGAAUUGGAUUCUUCUUUAAAAAAAUUAUUUAAAGAUUCUUUAAAAUCCGGUGAUCGUCCUCCAGAUAUGGCUCAAAUAAAAUCUUUAUUAGAUCAAGGUGCUAAUCCAAAUAUUCGUUUAUUACAACCAAAACCAUCAAAAGAACGUUUAAAUAAUUUAUAUAAUCAUCAUCAACCUUCAAUAUCUCAAAAUGCCGAUUUAUCUAGAUCAAAGACACUACAAUCUGUUUAUUCUUAUAGUUCAAAUUCUUCUUUAGGUGAUAAUGAUUUAAAAUCUUCUUUCUCUCAAUUAUAUAGUCAUAAAUUACCAAAUAUUUUAUUUGCUACUAUAAUAUUAUGUGAUGAUCCGGUAUAUGCAAAGAUGUUAAUUGAUCAUGGGGCGGAGGCUUUACCAAGAGAUUCUCAUUUUCCAAAUGCUUUCAUUUUUGCUGCAAAAUAUGGUCGCGUUGAAAUUAUGAAAUGUUUAUUGGAAAAUGUUCCAAAAUUAAGCGAUAAUGAAAGUGUUGAUAUUGAAGAUGAUUCCUCAAAUGUUGGUGGAAGUAGUGGGGGAAUUGGCGCUAAGGAAAUUAAGAAUUAUGGAACAAAAAUAUGGAGUGGUUUUACUGGUGAAGUUAAAAAAUUAAAGAAUCAUAUUAAUAGAGCUA